AAAUCAUAGUUAUGGAUUCCCAAUCCGUCAUGCAAAAGAACCGAAAGAAAGAACUUCCACCUAUGAAACUUUACCUUAUGGAUAUGGAUGAGGCUACAAAGCAUGAAUCAUCUCGAAAUGU